GCGCUGUCUGUAAAGGCGGGCCCGGGAGACGGGGCUGGGCAGUGCUGGCUGGGACGCCGGGAGAGUCGGGCAGGCGCUGCGGAGCUGUCUCGCCGCUGCCAUGUCCCGGAAGCCGGAGAUCCUGGAGUCCCGGGUGAUGUGGGAGCCCGACUCCAAGCGCAACACCCAGAUGGACCGGUUCCGGGCCGCGCUGGCCGGCGCCUGCGGGCUCCGCCUGGCCAACUACAAUGAGUUGUACCAGUGGUCUGUCGAGUCCUACUCUGAUUUCUGGGCAGAAUUUUGGAAGUUCAGUGAGAUUGUGUUCUCUCGUCUAUAUGAUGAGGUAGUUGACCCAUCUAAGGGAAUUGCAGAUGUUCCAGAGUGGUUUAAAGGCAGUCGGCUCAACUAUGCAGAAAACCUUCUGAAGCAUAAGGAAAAUGACAAAAUUGCUCUCUACGCGGCGAAGGAAGGCAAAGAAGAAAUCUUGAAAGUCACUUUUGAAGAGCUAAGACAAGAUGUUGCUUUGUAUGCUUCAGCCAUGAGGAAAAUGGGAGUGAAAAUAGGAGACAGAGUUGUUGGUUAUUUGCCCAAUGGUAUUCACGCAGUGGAAGCAAUGCUGGCUGCUGCGAGUAUUGGUGCUAUUUGGAGUUCAACUUCGCCUGAUUUUGGAAUUAACGGCGUACUAGACAGAUUUUCCCAAAUUCAGCCCAAGCUGAUCUUCUCUGUUGAAGCUGUCAUAUACAAUGGCAAAGAACACAACCACAUGGAAAAGCUGCAUAAUGUAGUAAAAGGACUCCCAGAUUUAAGAAAAGUGGUGGUGAUUCCAUAUGUUUCAUCGAGAGAAGUGAUAGAUAUUUCUAAAAUUCCAAACAGUGUUUUUCUUGAAGAUUUCCUUGCUACUGGGAAAGGAGACCAGGCCCCCCAGCUGGAGUUUGAACAGCUGCCCUUCAGUCAUCCUCUGUUUAUCAUGUAUUCAUCUGGUACAACAGGAGCACCAAAAUGCAUGGUUCAUUCAGCAGGGGGCACACUAAUUCAGCACCUGAAGGAGCAUAUUCUUCAUGGCAACAUGACCAGCAAUGACGUUAUUAUGUACUAUACAACGACUGGCUGGAUGAUGUGGAAUUGGUUAGUGUCUGCGCUUGCUGCAGGAGCUUCGGUGGUCUUAUAUGAUGGAUCUCCUCUUGUUCCAUCACCCAAUGUGCUCUGGGAUUUGGUUGACCGACUAGGGAUCACCAUCCUUGGAACAGGUGCAAAGUGGCUGGCUGUGCUAGAAGAGAAAAAUUUAAAACCAUGUGACACCCAUAAUCUUCAAACACUUCAUACUAUACUAUCUACAGGGUCACCACUCAAAUCUCAAAGCUACGAGUACGUCUACAAACAUAUAAAGAGCAGCGUCCUCCUGGGAUCCAUUUCAGGUGGAACAGAUAUCAUUUCAUGUUUCAUGGGUCAGAAUGUUACAAUCCCGGUUUACAAAGGAGAGAUUCAGGCCAGGAACCUGGGCAUGGCAGUGGAAGCAUGGAAUGAUGAAGGCAAACCAGUUUGGGGGGAAAGCGGAGAGCUGGUUUGUACCAAGCCUAUGCCCUGUCAGCCUACGCACUUCUGGAAUGAUGAGAAUGGAAACAAAUACAGGAAAGCUUAUUUUUCAAAAUUCCCAGGUGUUUGGGCCCAUGGUGACUACUGCAAAAUAAAUCCUGAGACGGGAGGAAUCGUCAUGCUUGGCCGCAGUGAUGGUACGCUAAAUCCAAAUGGAGUGAGAUUUGGAAGUUCCGAAAUCUAUAACAUAGUGGAAGCCUUUGAGGAGGUUUCAGAUAGCCUCUGUGUCCCACAGUACAACAAAGAGGGGGAGGAAAGAGUGAUCCUCUUCCUGAAGAUGGCGUCGGACCAGGUGUUCAGUCAGGAUCUGGUGAAAAGGAUUAGGGAUGCGAUACGCAUAGCGCUGUCUGCCAGACAUGUUCCUAGCCUCAUUCUAGAAACCAAAGGCAUUCCGUACACAAUAAAUGGGAAGAAAGUUGAAGUGGCUGUGAAGCAGAUCAUUGCAGGGAAAGACGUUGAUCAGCGGGGAUCUUUCUCAAAUCCAGAGACACUGGACUUGUACCAAAAUAUUCCUGAGCUUCAGAAUUUCUGAAUGUUUGGUUCUUUUGCAUCUGUGUUCUGUGCUUGUACUGUAUAUAUGAAUACUGUAUGUAAAGAAAACACUAUUUAAAUACCAGUGGUUCUUUUAAAGGAAAAAUAUUUCGUUAAGUGCAUUAUGAAAGGCUUGGGUAAAAUUUAGCUACUUUUUACCAGAUGACUAUGCCAUAUGUCUUGGAGUCUAUCUUUAAGCCUGGAAGAGGGAAGACUGCCUGUUGGGUUUUUAUAUAUGUGACAAAUGCAUCUUUUCGGGUUAGAUUUAGAUCAACAACCUGACAAACUGGAACCUGAAUAGCAAACUGUUUCCAACUGAUAAUGAAAUAUUGUGUUCAUAAAACUGAUUUUUUCCAUUUUUUUUAAAUGGAAUUCAAGCUAUUUAUU